CCUCAGCCUCCCAGAGUGGCUGGGAUUGUAUGCCCACAGCCAGUUUGGAGAUUUUUUGUUGUUUUUUGUUUUUGAGACGGGAUCUCACUACGUACUGCAGGUUGGCGUCUAACUCAUGGCAAUCCUCCUGCCUCAGCCUUGCCAGUGCUGUGAUUACAGGCGUGCACCACCACACCUGGCUUUUGUUUUUGUUUGUUUGUUUGGGUUGUUAUUGUUGAGAUGUUUGAUGUUCUGGACAGCUCUGGACCAGCUCUGGGAAGGGCAGAGAAGGAGGCAGAGGGGCUGGGGGUGGAGGGAGCUCCGGGGCCACGAGCGACCCUAGCAGAGCAGAGCCCACACUGAGUCCGUGUGACCCAAGAUCAGGCUCUGGCCUGACCCCCAGCGCAGCCUGGUGCCCCAUGGAGCGCCCGCCCAGCUGGCGUCUGGGGUGACGGUUGAGUGGUUGGAUGGGGGAACCACAAGUGAAAGAGAAGGCCUGGGGCGCAGGGCCCAGUGGCACAGGUCCUACCUCAGCGGUCCCACCCAGUGGCAGGGCGGGGCGCCCGGCUUCCUCCUGGGCCAGGAGACUUGGAGCCCAGCUGUGCGUGUGGCACCCCAGCACCAUGGGGCCGGGGGCCAGGAGCCUGAAGGGCGUGAGCGGGCCGGGGCCCACGCGCUGCGUCCAGGCCGAGUGCUUCGACCAGCUGGUCCGCCACUGCGUGGCCUGCAGGCUGCUCCGCACGCCCGAGCCUAGAGCUGCAGGGGCGAGCAGCCAGGCGCCUGGGACGGCGCUGCAGCCACAGGAGUCGGUGGGCCCCGGGGCCCCGCAGCCCAUGCUGCCCCUGCCCGGGCUGCUCUUCGGGAUCCCCACGUUGCUGGGCCUGGCGCUGCUCCUGGCCCUGGUCCUGGUGGCCCUGGUGAGCUGGAAGUGGCGGCAGCGCAGGACCCUGGAGGCUCUAGAAAGGAACCAGGAGGAACCCCUGGAAAACGUCUACAUCCCCUCCUCGGGAACCCCUGACACCUCAGCUCCCGUCUGCCCUGCCCCUGGAGAGGACCCAGCCACCACCCCGCCUAGCCACAGCGUCCCCGUCCCCGCCACCGAGCUGGGCCCCACCCAGUUGGUCACCACCAAGACAGCCGGCCCCGAGCAGCAGUAGCCAUGGAGGGAACAGGAGAGGACCUCGCCCUGCUUCCAGGCCUCCGACCUGGGGCUUGGAAACGAUUCAGAGCCUCACCCCAGGCCCAGCGGCCCUCUGGCUGGGAACCGGGCUGCUCCCAGCCACAGACAUCUCGGGCCAUGGUGUGCAGCCGGCCAGGCAGCUUGCUGUUAGCUUCCAGCUCAGGACUGCACGGCCUCACAGACUGCGUCUGAGCCCCUGGGCUUUCCAGUGGCCCGCUGUGCUCUGGUUUGGACGCGGCUGAGUACGCACCCCGAGGCUUCACGGGCCAGGUUUUGUCCCCAUUGUGCUGUAUUAAAAGGGUGAAAACGUGA